CAUCCGGCACGGCAGGAAGGAGCCCGGCAGGAGGAAAUAUUAAAUCCUGGGAUAUAAACACCGCGCCGGGAGCGGCUCCACCCCACCACAACCCCCCUAAAAAACGAGGUCCCGCCGGGGUGGGGCCACCAGAAGCGGGGCGAGGAUGGAGAAGAGCAGUUUCGCCAUGGCGAAAUUCGGUUUGGAGCACAAGGAGGCGAUGCCAAAGCGCGACUGCGGUUUUUAUGUUAAAUAUAUUUUCCUUUUCACCUCGCUGAUCCAAUUCCUGAUCAUCCUGGGGCUCGUGCUGUUCAUGGUGUACGGCAACGUCCAGGCGGGCACCGACACUCACCUGAGGCUGCUGGAGGAGCAGGUGCAGAGCCACUACGGCAGGAUGGUGGCCUUGAGUGCCACCAAUGCCAACCUGAGCCGUGCCCUCAAUGCCACCCUCAAGGACAAGGACAAGCUGCAGGGGAUGGCGCUGAAGGUGCAGAGGGAGCUGGAGAAGUGUAACAGCAGCCAGAAUUCCAACGGCGGGCCGCAGCUGCACGAGCUCGUGUACCAGCAGGUGAAGCUGACCCAGUGCCACAUGCUCACGGCCCUCAUCAACAGCAGCUGCAAUGCCGACAAGCUGGAGCUGCAGCGACAGCUGGACCAGGCCAGGUCAUCCAUAAAAACCCUGGAGGAAAGGAACCAGCAGAGCAGAGCCGAGCUGAUCAAAGCCACCCAGGAGAGGGACAAGUGCCAGCAGGACCUGAAGAGCGCCAGGACCGAGGCUGACCUGAGCAGGGUGGAGCUGGAGGUGCAGAAACACAAAUGCAGCUCCCUGCAUAGCGACAUAAGUGAGAAAUUCCCGAGGAUUUUGGAGCUGGUGAAGCAAUACCGGUGUGGAGAAACUGAGAACGAGCUGAGGCAGAUCCGGGCUGGCGUGGAGGGUUUGUUCCGCCAGCAGCAGGAGCGGGAUUCCCAGUUUAUCCCGAGGAGGAGCUGCGAGCUGAGCGUGGAGCGUUGUCACCUGAACUGCUCUCGGGAAAUGCAGGAGCUGGAGAGGAGGAUCCAGGGGCUGGAGAAGAGGGAGAAGGACGGGCUGGAGGACAGGAAAAGGCUGGAGGGGGAGAGAGACAAGGCGGGGAAGGAGCUGGAGGAGAAGAGGAGAGCGGCGGUGGCGCAGGCGGAGACGCUGAGGGGGCAGCUGGUGGCAUGCAUGGCCAAGUGGUGGUGA